AUGUAUAUCACCCUCUACUAUAUAGUCACCCGGCUCCCUGACUCCCUUCGCUUGGUUAGGGACCACUUCCUCUCAGUUUGCCCCACCACACUAACCGUUGACCUCCUCGAGGAGUGCCUCCUAGCAGCAGAGAAGAGCAUAGUCGCUGUAGGAGCCUCUCGUGUGACCCUCGCACCCCCGUCUUUAAGGGGGGGCAAGGGCGCUGGAGGGGCUGGCGGGGGCGGUGGAGGUGGUGGUGGAGGUAGUGGAGGGGGUGGGGUGGUGGUGGGAGUGGUGGCAAGGGUGGAGGUGUCGGUGGCAGUAGUGGAGGCGGAGGAGGCGGCGGCGGUGGCAAAGGGAGAAGAGGCGGCGUAG